UUAUUUCUCUUUUUUUCCUUUUCUUUUUUUCUUUUUUUCUUCUUCUUCUUUGGAGACACUUUCACCGUCCGGUUACCGGAAACUCUAUCAUCGUCCGAUCUCGAUCAAGUGGUUAAGAAAAUGCUGAAUCAGAGGUUAAAGCAAGAACAGCAAGCAGCCUUGAUGCAACAAGCUCUGCUUCAACAACAGUCCCUUUAUCACCCUGGCCUCUUAGCUGCUCCUCAGAUACCAAGUGGAAAUCUACCUCCUGGGUUUGAUCCAAGUACAUGCCGCAGUGUGUAUGUUGGGAAUAUUCAUCCACAGGUGGGCGAAACUCUUCUUCAGGAACUUUUUUCGUGUACUGGUCCGGUUGAAGGGUGCAAACUUGUAAGGAAGGACAAGUCAUCUUAUGGUUUUGUUCAUUACUAUGAUCGAGGAUCAGCUGAACUUGCUAUAGCUACUCACAAUGGAAGGCACCUGUUUGGGCAGCCUAUCAAAGUUAACUGGGCCUAUGCCAGUGGACAGAGGGAGGACACUUCAGGUCACUUCAAUAUAUUUGUUGGCGAUUUGAGCCCAGAAGUUACUGAUGCCAUGUUGUUUGCUUGCUUCUCUGUUUACCCUAGUUGCUCUGAUGCUAAGGUAAUGUGGGAUCAGACGACUGGGCGUUCUAGGGGUUUUGGAUUUGUUUCUUUCCGCAAUCAACAGGAUGCUCAAAGUGCGAUCAAUGAUUUAACUGGGAAAUGGCUUGGUAGUAGACAGAUACGUUGUAACUGGGCAACAAAAGGUGCCAAUGCGAAUGACGACAAGCAGGGAUCAGACGCCAAAAGUAUCGUGGAAUUAACGCAUGGAUCGUCAGAAGAGGGUAAAGAGCCAGAAAACGGUGAUGCUCCUGAAAACAACCCACAAUAUACAACUGUUUAUGUGGGUAAUCUUGCUCCUCUGGUGACACAACUCGAUCUCCAUCGCCACUUUUAUGCCCUUGGUGCAGGAGUGAUAGAGGAAGUUCGGGUUCAACGUGAUAAAGGAUUUGGUUUUGUGAGAUACAGCACCCACGAUGAGGCAGCUUUGGCGAUUCAAAUGGGAAAUGCUCAAUCAAUUCUGUGUGGUAGACAGAUUAAGUGUUCUUGGGGUAACAAACCAACUCCACCUGGAACAGCCUCGAAUCCUCUCCCACCGCCAGCCGCUGCACCAUUAGGCCUCUCUGCGACUGACCUUUUGGCUUAUGAACGGCAGCUAGCUAUGAGCAGGAUGGCUGGUGUCCAUUCCCUCAUGCAACCCCAGGGUCAACAUCCUCUGAAGCAAGCAUCAAUGGGAAUGGGUGCUUCUGGAGCAAGCCAGGCUAUAUAUGAUGGUGGUUUCCAGAAUGUUGCUGCCCAGCAGCUCAUGUAUUAUCAGUGAUGUGUAGAAAUUUGGCUUUUGGCAUACCAUUGCCUUUCUUUGGACUAGAUGAAUUCUUACGACGUCUAGGUUCUCUUAUGCUUUGUUUUUAAUAUUACGGGUUGGUAAUGUGGUUCUCACGUGCAUUUUGUGUCUUUGAUUUAUUAGGGUGAGUGUAUACUGCAGCGUUUGCACCAUUAUUCUAGUUGUGUUAUGGCAUGUUUUUGGAACUUUGAUGCAACUAUUGGAGCAAUCUCUUUUAGUCA